AUGUCGGGACCUGUGCCAAGCAGGGCCAGAGUCUACACAGAUGUAAAUACACACAGACCACGAGAAUACUGGGAUUACGAGUCGCACGUUGUUGAAUGGGGGUAAGUGCCCACAUUAGUUUACUGGCCGUGUGCGGCCCAUGUUGGGUUUGGGGGAUUGGCCCUGGUUCCUUCUGUAUUCGCAAAGUGCUGUUUGUUUCAGUAGAUGUAACCUAGUGCUAUUCCCCACAUUUUGUUGUGGGGAGGAGAACCUGGGAAUUCUCUUGUUAGGGGAAAAAAGGAAAUCUGUAGAGAGAGGGGCUACUUAGCUCUUCAAAGGAGAGUCUGUUGCUCAGUGGUGGGGUACAAACUUAUCACAUUAAGUUCCUGGCAUUUCUGUUAAAAGGAUAAUUGGAGAUGAACAUCUGCCUGAGACUUUGAAGAAUUGUUGAGCAGCUGGUACUGGUCUAGGCUGGCCAGUGCUGUGACUCUGUUCCAAGUUGCUUUGUUGUUAAAAUAGCAUUUUAUUAUUCUUGCACCAUCAAUCUGUAUGGAGCAGUGCAGAGUAAUAUCUUCAAAUUUGUCCUUACAGGGGAGUGAGUGGGGCGGACCUCUAGAAACAUUCUCUAAUGUGUCCACCUUUGUGAAUAAUCUGGCGACACGUUUUGAAAUAGUGAUUUUGGAGUGGUGCAUAAUGUCCUUUGUUGGCUUUGUCUUUACAGUAAUCAAGAUGACUACCAACUAGUCCGGAAAUUGGGCCGGGGCAAAUACAGUGAAGUCUUCGAAGCCAUCAACAUCACAAAUAAUGAAAAAGUAGUUGUUAAAAUCCUGAAGGUGAGCCUCUAAUGUUUUGGCAGCUGCUGCUGCAAGCAGAAAUAUUUUUGUGCAUUAUGUCCAAGUUGGUUCUUGAUAAUGGGUAGGGGUAAAGGGGACCCCUGACCAUUAGGUCCAGUCGUGGCCGACUCUGGGGUUGCGCGCUCAUCUCGCUUUAUUGGCCGAGGGAGCCGGCGUACAGCUUCCGGGUCAUGUGGCCAGCAUGACUAAACCGCUUCUGGCCAACCAGAGCAGCGCACAGAAAUGCCAUUUACCUUCCUGCCAGAGCGGUACCUAUUUAUCUACUUGCACUUUGACGUGCUUUUGAACUGCUAGGUUGGCAGGAGCAGGGACCGAGCAAAGGGAGCUCACCCUGUUGUGGGAAUUCGAACCGCCGACCUUCUGAUCAGCAAGCCCUAGGCUCUGUGGUUUAACCCACAGUGCUACCCGCGUCACACAUGAUAACGAGUAGCCACUUGUAAAGGACGUAGAGUUCAUAUUUUUGAGGGACGUGUUACAGCCAGUUUGCAAGACCUUGAGUCAUUUGACUGUUGAGGGCAGAUUUCUAAAUGUUGUAUUGUGACGGGUGGGGUGGCACUUUAAUGACUGGCCUCUGCCCUGACACAUUAGUGUGGGUCGCCAUUGGCAGCCCCAUAUUCCCCAACAUUUUCUGCAACUGUCAUUUGGAUGUACACUGGGUAUAUGGUGGAAUGAUUGAUGUGAUUUUAUACUGUAAACCAGCCUGUGAUCCUCAGAUGAAGGGCAGCAUAUAAAUUUAAUAAAUAAAUUGAAGUGAAGUGAUGGGAAAAACCCCUUGCCCAAUUGAUAAGCUUUUAAAGCUGCUCUACAUUUAUAGGAUAUAUGAAAGGCAUACAGAAUUAAGAAUAUACACAUAAUAUAGAGCAUAAAACACUACAACGUACAAGCCAACAAGAAUUAGAAUAGCCUAAUUCGAGAAGGCAUGGGGGAAAGGAAUGAAGUACUCCCGUGCUUAGGGGUGCAAGCUUUCAAAACUAAGUGAGUGGUUGUGAGAGAUUUAAGGGAAAUAAGGGGAAGUUGGAAUUAAUUUGGAAAAUGUUCCGAAAAUGCUCAGAAUAGUUGAGAGAACAUAAGCAGCAGAUGGGCUUCUGGCAAAGCAAAUGUUUCAACUGGACUGAAAAUACAACAACACUCUAGUAUUUUCAACAGUAGUUGAAAACCCCUCUAUCUCCCUUUGGAGAAUAACAAGUUGUUAAAGUCUCCGCUCCUUAGGUUGACACCAAAUGGCCGUUUAGAGCUGCUUGCAUGAAGCCCAGCUUUCUCUUAAAGUAGAGGCAGUAAUGAGCUUGCUGAAUGUUAAUGAUGCCCUGGCCUUACUUGUCCUCUGCAAAUGUUCACCAUCUGGUUUUGAGUGGCUUUCUUAGCAGCAGAUGUUGGCUUUCUGUAGCCAUUGUUCUCUUUGGCUAGUAGAACUUCGCUGGCAACUUCACACUGGAAUUUCCCUACAGUUGGUGGUUUCCAGCGUCUCAGAGAAGUUUUAAACAUGAUCUGGAAGCUGCUUGAAACAUAAUCUGGCAAACGGCACAACAUCGCCUGCGGUGCAGCCGAAUCCUAAAAUUCCUCUCCCUGCUCGCAGAUUUCAAGUGCUUUCUAGGGUUCCACCUGGAAGGCGGUGUGUUUGUGUGUGUGCUAAAUGACUGCGAAGGAGUGGGGAGGGGGAGAUGCUGCUCACUGUGUGUGCUGAGAAUGGGAUAAAAAGCAACAGAUUUAAACCUUUAGGAGAUGCACGUUAAACCUUAGGAUAAAGCAGAGCAGGAAAUCUCCUUUUAGAUUGCUGGCAAUUUAUAUCCCUAUUUGUGUGAGCUUGAUCAAUAAAAUUGGAGUAGGUAGCGCAAGCUGACUCAAAAUAGGCACACAAGCCUAAAAUCGCAAAACAUUUCAAGCAGCAAAUUUGGGGCGGGGGGGGGUGCUUGAGCCUGGGCAGCCCUGAUUGCAGGCAGCCAGUAACCACAAUGAUGGCUUAGCACAAGAAUGGAAUAAAGUCGCCUUGCGUAUCUCUGAUGAAGCUUAGGCUUUGACCAAGGUUAAGGCAGAUGGUGAAACAGGUGGCCUGGCUUAGCUUCUCCCAGACAUGACAGCUGCCUCGGCAAGAGGUUCGACGUUCACCACUUGGUCGUCCAAGCCGCUACAAGCACUUAUGGUUUACAUGCAGUAUCUUGUAAGUGGCUGAGAGGCCUGUUUUAGUGGGAAGGACAGAGAAGAGCUAGACUUGAGCAAACAGGGCAGGCAGGUGAGUACCCCAUGUUCUUAUGCAGAAAGCUUCAUGCAAGCUUUCAGUGAACUCUGAACUUUCCAGAUGUUUGGGACUCCAAACCCAAUGGCUGCGCUGGCUGGGGCUAAUGGGAGUUCCUGUCCAAAACAUCUGGUGGGCACCAGGCUGGGGAAGCCUUGAACUAUUUGGGCUCCUGAGUAUUUAUUACACGGUUUGUUAAUUACGAGUUGGAGGGUAGCAAUUAAGUCUUAUUCACCAAGAUCCAAAGAGUCUCUUUAGAUGUUCUCAAGGGCUUGGGGCUUAGUAUGUUUUUCUUCAUAACCUCAUCCUUCCACGCAAUAUUCCAAACUGUUUUUCGGUUUCCCCUUUAUUUAAGAAGUGUUUUGUCAUGCAACAGGUGUGUGUGUGUGUGUGUUUUGCAGUUUUGAGAGAAACAAGCCCAAAUCCCCUAAGACGUGGUUCUUUGUGGCCCAGCCAUUGAAAUUAACGGUGGCAUUUCUUCUUCACAUGCUGCCCAGCUUAGUAUGUGGGUUCAUGCGAUGUUGCAAUGGCUGCUGGGCCAUUCAGAAAGCGUUGGGCAAAUACGUGAAAGGUGGCCUUAUUUAGGGCUACUAGCUGUGAGAGGUGGAAAUGAUGGUAAUCUCAAUACUUCCUGGUGUUGAAUGAGAUGGUCAUCUUAUGCUGCUUGUGAACUUCCUGGCUUGCCUCAUUCAUUCCAUUUGGAUCAGAUGCUAGGAGCUGAUUGAAGUAUUCAUCUGGCCUGGUAUAGGGAUCCAUGGUGUGUGUGCAUAAGAUAAACACACACACACACACACACACACACACACACACACACUCUUUAACCCACUUUUUCAGGUGUGACACAGGCUUCCAAGUUGCAGUCAACAGUUUAAAAUGAAAAUUGGGUAGGAACUCACAGCUAGAUUGUUCUUUGUAAAAUUAAAAAGAUCUAAUAAUAAAAACCAGGUGCAGCAGUACUUUCAAAGCUGCAGUGGGAUUCUUUCCCUGCACUCUGACUGGCUUCACUUGGGCUUGAAACGUUGCCUUGGGUAAACGGGCAUUUCUCUCACCAGCCUGUGAAAAAGAAGAAAAUCAAGCGUGAAAUCAAAAUCUUGGAGAACUUGCGAGGCGGCCCCAACAUCAUCACCCUUGCAGAUAUAGUGAAAGACCCUGUGGUGAGUAGCUCUGAGGUUCUGGAGCAGCUCCAGGACUGCGCGGUAAGCGGAGGGGGGAGAGAAAGCUGUGACAGUUGGUUCGUAAAAGGACUGGACAAACUCCGGGGAGAGAGAGCCAUCAGUGUUUAGGAGUCAUCAUAGCAGCCCAGUGGGACCUGCUUCUGCAGAGAGAGCCUGCCUUUGAGUGUCAGGUGCUGGAGACGAAAAAGAGGUAGCUGCCAAUUGUUGGAAAAUGAAUGCUAGACUGGACUGGGCCUUUAGACGAGUACUAAAUUCAAAGUGCUGCUUUUGAGCUAUAAAGCCUGAAGCGGCUCAGGACCGCAGUAACUCAGGGACUGCCUCUUAUCAUAUGAACCUGCCCAGACCCUGCAAUGAUCAUCGGAGGCCUUCCUUUGUGUGGCCCCUCCUCGAGAGGUGUGGAGGGUGGCAACACAAGAACAGGGCCUUCUCUGCAGUGGCUCCCCAUCUGUGGAAUGCUCUCCCUAGGGAAGUUCGCCUGGCGCCUUCAUUAUACACCUUUAGGCACCAGACAAAAAUGUUCUUCUUUAACCAGGGAUUUGGUUGUUACAUCCUAUGCCCUUAAAAAAAAAUGAGGGGGAAGGGGGUUAUUAGGUUGUUUUUGCUCUUAUUUUUUUAUUUAUUUAUUUUGUGUGUUUUUUUACCUUGUAUUUUUAUGUUGUGAACCGCCCUGAGACCCUUUGUUGUGAACCUUUGGCCCUCCAGAGGUCCAUUGGACCUCAACUGUUGAGUCCUAACCAGUUGGGCUAAUAGACAGGGAUAAGGGAACGUGAGGGCCAGCAGCAAUUGGAAGCACCACAAGUUCCUCGCCUCCUUUCCGGUGGGAUGCCAAGAAAGGUGUUCGUCUUCAGAUGCCAGUAGGACAAGGCAGAUUGUCGAAGAACAGCUUCUUUGCUUGUGUCUCUGACACCGAUGACUUUCUGUGUGUGUGUGUGUCUGGUGCUCAGUGUUGGGAAUGCAGGUGUGCAGUCAAGCUGUAUAUCUCAGCAUUUCCGGUUACGCGGUCCUUUUGUGGAAGGGAGGAGAGGUAAUGCGCCCCUUCUUGAAUAAUCUGUCUGCACUCACAGGAAAUGUGGGCUGUGAAAGAGCUCUGGGGGGCUGUGCUUUUAGUGGGUAAAAAGCCUGCCGAGUGGGCCAGCUUGUGAAUUACAAGCCCCCCUCUCCCCGUUUAUCCAUCUGACUGUGAGAAAGAGGUAGCAAAUGCUUCACUCGAAUGGGGUAGCAGGUUAAAAAGAGCACAGAAUUGUGUACACGUAUGAGCUGCUUUUGUCGUCCCAGGUACUGACACAGCAGGAGAACUCCUAGCACUUUAUUAAAUAUAAAACAUGUUGGCAUUUCAGGCGUCUAUUGAUCACAAGAUGCAGCAUUACUUCCGCACAGCCCCGCUCCCUGUUUGCUCUCUGGUUUUCCUCUAAUCCUAUUUUCGAAUUGCUUAAUCAGAUCAGGCCUUUUAAUCAGAUUAGCUUCUCUCAGAGGAAGCUCCCCCUCCCUGCAGUUCCUUCUAGAUUUUGUGGAAAUGUGGGCUAUUGCAUUUGGUGUAACUACAACUAGUCAGAUGCUUGAAACCUUCUGCAGAGGAUGGCGGAGAAGUGAGGUCAUGUAUGUGUUGAUAAGUAUUAGGCCUAUAAAGCAAAGAAGGUCCCAACAUGACUGACUGUUUUGGUUUCCUCCUCCUAGUCUCGGACCCCAGCCUUGGUUUUCGAACAUGUAAACAACACAGACUUUAAGGUAUGGUUUGUCACUCAGCCUUUGGGGUUUUAGAAUAUUUAAGGAUGGAUGCAUGCCUGGUUUUGGGGAUGCUGCAAUGGUGAAUGUCCUAUAUUGGCAGAGGGUUCAACCCAAAUGACCUUUUGAGGUAGGUUAGGAACUCUGUUGUUCAUCUAGAGCAGGGAUGUCUAACAGGUCGAUCACAAUCUACUGGUAGAUACCUUUCCUUAGCGUUGGUAAAAUAGAAUUCCCCCACCCCUGCUCCAUUGUUGGUCAAUCUCCAGCUAAAAAGCUAAACAACUUUGACCUGAACCUCUAAAAAAAACAGGAUUUUCCUCCCUAAAAAAGCUCAACAGUUUUGCCCUGACCCCCACCCCAAAGGGGUAGAUCACUGCCAGUUUUUUAUUCUGUGAGUAGAUCACAGUCUCUUAGGAGUUGGCCGUCCCUGAUCUAGAACCAAGAGAUGAACACAGCAAGCAGGUAGUUAGUGUGCAUGCAUGGAGGUACGCAUGUGUUACUUACAGGUCCCCUCAUUAGGGAGUCACGAUUGGCUGCAGCCUUGUCCUGAGUGUACACUUGGUAGCUAUCCAGGUUGGUCUCCACCAGUGCCUUUUUUCUAGAAUAAUAGGUGCCGGUACUCACCAUGAAGUUGUUACAGUAAGUGCCACACCUUUUAACAACAACAAAAAGGGGUGCCGGUACUGUGCACCCUUGAAUACCCCUUUGAAAAAAAGCACUGGUCUCUGCAUAAUGUGUGACAGAGCCUCAAUAAUGUCCCCAAAUACUGAAUUACCUUCCUCAUCACAUGCCCCAUAAUGGAUGACAAAAAACAAACAAACCCCUAACCCCCAUAAUUUGUUGCUUGAAAACUUAAUUUUUUAACAUUGAUGUCUUACAGCAAUUAUACCAAACGUUAACAGACUACGACAUCCGGUUCUACAUGUAUGAAAUCUUGAAGGUGAGUUUGCCUUUUCCCUUCCUGUUUGGGAUGGGGGGCAGGGAGGUGAAGCAUGAGGUUGGCUGAGAAAUGGCAACCAGCCACCCUGAGGAGUUGAAGGAGUUCUCUCUUCCAUUGGUUAUUCUGAAGAAUCUUUGUGUUCCAGACAUAACCUAACAUUGCCCAGGCAAAUCCUGCUUGCCUCGGAGCCGUCACUUGUUCCAUCGAUCCAUUACCAUGAUUACCAGAAGUGCUAGUAAUGUUUAGCAUGGAUAUUGGUGCCUGUUCUUGAUGGCUGUCAGUACUUCGCUCCAAGUGCCAUGUGGACUGUCCAUGUGAUUUAUUAGAGCAGGGCUGCAGAGCGUAAGCCCAGGAGCCUUAUCAGGCCCUUUGAGGUCUUUGGUGCAGCCUGUGGCAUCCUCUUACCAUGCACAUGGUUGAAAUCAGUGUUCGAAAUUAGCUAGGCGCGUUUUCGACUGGCGUGGGUCCAUUUGCGAUGACAUGGAGAUCUCUAGAUGCCAGUUUGUUCAGCGGACAUCUCCAUCUGCCUCUGGCCCCUCCAGAUUUCUUACGCAGGCAAGCAGAAGAGCUUAUUCAUUGCAUUGACCUCCUACCUUUUCCUCCAAGGAGUGCAAGGUUUACCCCUCCUCCUCAGUUAAUCUCUACAACGACCCUGUGAGGUAGGCGAAGAGGCUUCGGCUGACUCCAAGGUCAUCCAGUGAGCUUCAUGACGGAGUGAGGAUUUGAACCCUGAUCUCCCAGGUCCUAGUCUGACACUCUUAACCUCUACACCACACUGCCUUCCUAGAGUACUUCUGCUAUGGUGCAGCGAUAUAAAUUAAGUAGGCAGAUCAAUACGGGGAAAGCAAAAUGCCACUUAGAGAAGGGUCUGAAAUAUAAUCCUUGAAGGUUGAAUUUGUUUUAUUCUGGACUGUCUCGAUGUUUUAAUGUGUGGUAAACCACUUUGAGAUUUUUCUUCAAGAUAUAAAGCGGUAUAGAAAUGAAAUUGAUGAUGAUGAUAAUAAUAAACCCCACUGCAGUAAAAUAAUGCUGCCUAGACAUUCCGUUGUGGCGAACAUAACCUAGGUUUAAGGUGCCAUUUGGCGAUGAACUUAAAUAUCUGGGGUUCUAACGCUGAUUGAAAUCCCUUCCACUUUUUUCAGGCCCAGGACUCACUUUUAACUCAAUCAUGCAUUUGAGGACCCAGUUCUUAAUCUUCUACCAUAUAUUUGCAGGGUGGUGGUUCUCCUGUAGGCAAAACCUGCCUUGGAUCAGGCCAUGACCCACUAGCAGGUCCCAACCCCCAGCAGUUGAAGACCAGUGCCUUGGAGCUAGAAAGUUGAUGCCUUGCAUAUAGGGCAAUGGGGCAGGCUUGGCAAUAGAUGCUGCUGAAGCUUUUGGCCUCUCCCAACAUUCCCAGUUAAUCAUGCAUGGGGAACCUGUGCUCAUUGACAUGUUGUUGGACUCCAACUCCCAUAAUCCCUGACCAUUGCCCAUGCAUGGUGACUGGGGCUUCCGGCGGUUGUAAUUUAACAGUGCUUGGAGGACCACAUGUUCCCCACUUCCCCACUCCUGCUUCACAACACAGCUACCUACUGUAGCUUCAAGUAACGUGGCAAUCUGAGAGCCUUUCGAUAGGAAGGAGGGCUAACUUUCAAUGGAUCCUGCCUGCCUGCUCCAGUCAGCCUCUGCAGCCUUAUUUAGCUUCCCACCUGCAUCACAAGCAUUUCUGGUUGGAACUUGAGACCUUUUCUGUUUUGUUGUGUUGUAAGUUGUGCAACUCCCUCUUGAGGGAGGUUUAAUUAGCUUCCUUCCUUUUCGACCAGCUAUUGGGAACUCUUCAUCUGACAUUCCCUUGUGAAAAGUCUGUGUCUCCCCACUCAACUGGCACUCUUGCCCUUUGAUUCUGCUCCUGCGUUUUUGCAUUGGGGCGACCUUUGGGAAGGCUCUGUUUAGGGCUGCAAAGCACCAUGCGGAUUUUCAUACAGAUAAAGUUAAAACGAGCGAGGUGGGGAUCUGAUCUCUGAUGCCCGCGGGCAUCUGGUUGGCCACUGUGAGAGCGGGAUUCUGGACUAGGUGGGCCGCUGACCUGUUCUGAUGUUCUUAGGCUCUUGUUCGUGAUCAACAUGCCUCUCUUCCCCAGGCCCUGGACUAUUGCCACAGUAUGGGGAUAAUGCACAGAGACGUCAAACCCCACAACGUCAUGAUUGACCAUGAACACAGAAAGGUAAGGCUUGGGGGUCUUUGUCCUCUGUUUCUAGUCGGGAUUUAAUUGUGGCGGAAGCAAAAUUCCUCUGGUGCACUGCUGCUGCUGCUGCUGUUGUGUGUGUUUGUGGCCUGUUAGUAGCAGGAGUGGAAAAGAGAUUUCCAAAAAGAGAUUAGUAUGGAAGGUAGGAGUGAAAUCUUGCACAUUUAGCUUCUGCAAAACUCCUGUUGGCAUUCAGGCGUUUUACCUUCAUUGAGUACUUUACCUACCAAAGCUGCUCUGGGUAUGUGCUGCAGAAUCCUGUCGUGUUGCAAGCGUUCUGGAGCAUGUCCCAGAACAGAGUUGGUUCAUACAGGAUACUGGUCAAGCCUAUUGGACUUCACCCCCAUUCUUUGUGAACUAAGAGUAAGUUAUAAGGUAUGUUCCUUGUGGCUACACCUCACAAGGGGAGGCGGGUGAUGGUGGUUGGUUUGUCGUUCGGGGGGAAACAUGACCACUCAUUUCAAGGUACAGUGUAAAAUGUUAAAGAUACUGUUAUUUUUAUUAUUCUCGCUAUUUAUUAAAUUGGCACACUAUUCAUCUGUAGAUCUCAGUUCACAAUAUAUCGGUAAGGAGCACAGAUGUUGAACAGCAGGAUUCCCCAACGUGGUUCCUCCUGGACAUUUUGGACUACAGCUCCCAUAGCCUCUGAGAAUUGGCUGUCCUGGCUGAGACUGAUGGGAGUUGUAGUCCAUAACAUUGGGGAGGACACCAGGUUGGGCAAAGGCUGGUGCAUGGUGUGCCGAGAAGGAAGAAGGAUGUUUUCUGCAGCUCCCAUUUCAACUCUUCAAGGGUCAAAUUGAUUUUUUUCAGUUUCUUCCGUUUUGUAUUUUUCUCUUCCCCCAGCCUGCUCGUCUAAUUUACCCUUGUGUGAACUUUGAGCCGAAGCUAUUCAUUGCUGUAAUUAUUGAUCUUUCAUCUGAGAAACACUGCUUUUUGGUGGUUUGACUCCUAUUUUCCAGGCCUUGGCUACUCAUCAGAGCAGAAUUAUCCUCUGCCCUCCUACUCCUCCCUCUCACUCACAGUUCAAUAGUUCGAUUGCACUAUUUUUGUCCCUGACCACGCCAGAUGGUGUCAGUUACGUUUUGCGCUUCCGCUCAAUUAAAUCUUCGCAUCAUUUCAUAACAUUCCAUUUAUUUCUGAUGCUGUUAUUUCCUGCAGCAAGCAAUCUGCACAGUCACUGGAAGAUGCAGGCCAAGGUAAAGAGGUUUCUUCCUCCUCCUCCUCAAUCUCCUUUCCCUUUUCCCCUUUUAGCUCCGGCUAAUAGAUUGGGGUUUGGCUGAAUUCUAUCAUCCUGGCCAAGAGUACAAUGUCCGAGUGGCUUCUAGAUACUUCAAAGGCCCAGAGCUCCUCGUAGAUUAUCAGGUAACUGUCCCAGCUAUGGAAAUAAUCAGGUUUGUGGAAAAGCAGCACAAACAAUUAAAGAACACAAGCGCAUUCAGCCCUAAGGUUAGAAAAAUCAGUUGAACGUUUCUCUUUCCCCCUUCCCCUCCUGGUAGAACUGCAUUUCCUUCCAUUCUCAUUUUAGACACCCCUGGUGCUAACUGCAUCCUUACCUAUUUAGCUUUCAGUUUGGGUGUGGAAUUGAUGGAGGGUUCAUUUCGUUUACUCUGCUCCAAAGAGUGCUGGCUCCUGCCCAUCUGGGGCUUGCAGGGGUGUAAGGCAGGAGGCUGCCAGCAGGUGGAGCCAGAGUCAUCUAAUUCUGGUUUUGCCUGCACCGCGCUCCUCCUCGCUGAGUUCUGCAAGGUCAGCACUCACACGAAAGAGGAAGAAGGUGACGCCCAUUGCCCUCCCUCUGGUUGCCAGAAAGCAGGCAGGCAAGUUGGGGUUGGCUUGGAUGCAGAUUGAGGUUGGUGGGGAAGUGCCCCAUUCUUCCCAAUGGACCAGUCUCUGGGCCUGAAUGGAUUGUCCCUGUUUGUAACAUGGCAGUGGUCACAGCAGCUCUGUCUCAGCAGAUGAAUCUGCUUCUCUCUCUUGGGUGUUGUUCCUUGAAAGAACAACAACAACAACACUUUAUGAUUUAUACCCCACCCAUCUGGCUGGGUUUCCCCAGCCACUCUGGAUGGCUCCCAACAGAAUAUUAAAAAUAUGCUAAAGCAUCAAACAUUAAAAACUUCCCUAAAUAGGGCUCCUUUCAGAUAAUAAUAAUAAUAAUAAUAAUAAUAAUAAUAACAAUAAUAAUAAUAAUAUAUACCCCACAAUCUGGCUGGGUUUCCCCAGCCACUCUGAGCUGCUUCCAGCAAAAUAUUAAAAUACAAUAAUGUCUUCUAAAAGUCGGAUAGUUGUUUACAGUGGUACCUUGGGUUAAGAACUUAAUUCGUUCUGGAGGUCUGUUCUUAACCUGAAACUGUUCUUAACCUGGGGUACCACUUUAGCUAGUGGGGCCUCGCGCUGCUGCCACGCGAUUUUUGUUCUCAUUCUGAAGCAAAGUUCUUAACUCGAGGUACUAUUUCUGGGUUAGCGGAGUCUGUAACCUGAAGCGCCUGUAACCUGAAGCAUCUGUAACCUGAGGUACCACUGUACUGCCUUGACAUCGGAUGGGAGGGCGUUCCACAGCGUGGGCACCACUAACGAGAAGGCUCUCUGCCUGGUUCCACUAACACAGAAUCGUAGAAUUGGAAGGGUCCAACCCCCUGCAAUGCAGGACUCUCAACUAAAGCAUCCACAACAGGUGGCCAUCCAGCCAUAAAAACCUCCAAUGAAGGAGAGUCCAAUCCUUCCAGUGAGCACUCAGAUUUGAAUAACCCCUGAAGAACUACAGGGACUCCUCACCCUGAGGUGUGUAUUUUCUUUGUGCCAAAGUGGUUGCUGUGAACUAGUCGUGGGGAUUUGUUUUCACUCACAACAGGGCUUGGUUUGCGGUGUUCCUUUUGCCCCUUUUGCCCCUGUUAAGUGCACCAGACCGAUGGGCCUGCUUUUGCUUCCUUUGCAGAUGUACGACUACAGUUUGGACAUGUGGAGCUUGGGUUGCAUGCUCGCCAGCAUGAUCUUCCGAAAGGAGCCCUUCUUCCAUGGUCAUGAUAACUAUGAUCAGGUGAGAGAAAGAGUGAAAGAGAUAUGAUGGUGAUGUUCAGGCACAGGGCUUUCUCUUCCUCCGUGACUUCUGCAUGUUCUCAGCUUCCCAAGGGUUGGAAAAAUCAAGAAUUCACUGGAUUGGCUCACAUGUACGUUUCUCAUUUGAUCACUGCCAACUCCAGUUAGGACCUGCACGUAUGAAUGGUGCUACCAUGGGUCACAGAUAUAAAUUUCAGUUUCUCUUUCAGUCUGGUUUCUCUGGUUUCCAGUAGAUUUUAGCUAGCACGUAUUGGCUGCAAGCUGACAUGAAGCAAUGUACAUGGGUGGUAUUCGGCUAAGCCAGACUCAAGAUUUAUACUUCACUGGGUGUGCUCUGAAUAUGGCAGUCUGAUGCCAGCCCAUGUUCAUCCAAAGCUACCUGCUCCCUUGCCUAACAGAUCUCUUGACCAGAGGCGUAGCAAGCCCAGGUGGUACCCGGUGUGGAAUUUUUUUUUGUCACCCUCUCCCCCCCCCCCCCGACAGCUCAGGGAAAGUUUGGAAGGCACGGGUGGGCGAUGAAUGUCUGCCCCCCUUCCUACGUCUCUGCACCCCCACGCCCGCGACUCCCAAGGACCCUGAGCUGUCGGGGGAAAGGGGGGAGCUAUGCCGCUUUGCUGGGGCACUGGCAAAGCUGCGCAGCUCGUCCUCUUGGGAGCCACAGGUCCCGUCCAUCCUCCUCCCUCCCUCCCCAGCUCGCUGUAAAGCAGCAAAGUGGGAACCGCUUACAGCAAGCAAGGGAGUAGGGAUCCCACCGCCGUCCGUAUGGCACUCCAGCGGCGCUGGUGGCAAACCGCUACGCACAGCGCAUGCAUGCGACACUGCACAUGCGUUGUAUCUAGUAGUUUGCCACCGGCGCCGCCUGAGAGCCGUAUGGACGGUGGUGGGAUCCUCUGCUCGCGGCUGCAGCCGCGAAUAGAGGAUCCUCCACAUGCGGUGGUGUGAUGGCUGCUUGCGCUGCCGCGCUCGGGAAAGCACCCCACGGGGUGCCUUCUUGUCACCCUCCCAGACGUGGAACCUGGGGUGCACCGCCCCCGCCCCCACCUUGCGACACCACUGCUCUUGACUUGCCCUGCAAAUACUCUUGACGGGGAAAUGAAGAGCAGCUGCCAGGGAUUGUCGGGCGGAUGACAGUGAUCAUAUCCUGUUUUCCAAUAUCUCACAACUGCCCCGAGAAGCUCGUGUUUCUGCCAUGGGGGAAGUUAACCUCCUGGUGUCUGAAGUGGCUGUGAUCACCGUUUUCCAGCUGAAGUUGCUUAUUUGGGGAAAUCACAUUUCACCAAAGUCAAGAUUGGUGUUCCCAUGUAAGGUUUUUUAAUGGCACUUGGUGUCACAUGGGCCUGUUCUGUGGCUGACACAGGGAGGCUCUUUGUGUGAAUUUAGAGAACUCGCUCUUUAAUGAAGUGCAUUUUGCCCCGUCUCUCUAUAGUUCAGGCACAUCUUUUUCAGCAGGAAUUUGGAAAAGGAGAAACCUGAUGGCUGCUGCUAUUAGCAGCUGUUCGUUAUUGAUUUGCUACUUGUUUUUUUUUUUUAAAGCAUUAGUUGCUUUAUGGAUUUUUUUAAAAAUCCCAUUUGCUUGUUGUCAACCAUCCUGUGGCUUGUACACAGGGCAGUACAUAAAUAUCUCAAAAUAUAAAGAUGAGCUGUCAUUAUAAUUAACACUCAUAUAGUGCUUUCAAGGGUUUAGAGCUCUUGGCCUUUAUUACCUAGCUGUGAUCCUUACAGUGACCCUGUAAGGGAACUCCGUAAUGUUGUUCCCAGUAUUGGCGGGCAGGUGGGCGGACUGAGGCCGAGAGGGAAGAGUGCCUUGCCCAAAGCGAGAUUGUAUCCAGAGGCAAGACUUGAACUGGAGGCCUCCCCGAUUCGUUGCUCGCAUCUCCCAGCCACUGCGCUUCCACAUGCUGGCUUACGCCUUCUGUUCACAGUUGGUGAGAAUAGCUAAGGUGCUCGGGACAGAAGACCUGUACGACUACAUUGACAAAUACAACAUUGAGCUUGACCCCCGUUUCAACGACAUCUUGGGCAGGUAAGAUGAGAUUGAUUUAACACAGUGGUUCCCAAACUUUUUGGGGCCAUCCCCUCUCCAGUUCCAUAAACCAAUAAUACAAUAGUAAUAGUUGGCUGCCCAACUGACUAGGUUGCCCCAGCCAUUCUGGGCGGCUUCCAACUAAGAACACAAUAAAGCAUGAAACAUUAAAAACUUGCCUAGACUUGCCUUGAGAUGUCUUCUCUCGCUGUCUAUUUAGUGGUCUGGAAGGGACAUGUCCUUUUCGCUUCCUUCCACUUGCAUCUCCAAACCAUGCAGUGCCAAAACUGCUUUGUAAGGCGCUACAGAAACGGCAGGCGACUUGACUUCAAGUUACUUGUGUGCGUUCCUCUUUCCAUUCUUAAGAGCCGCUGACAACGUGCAGAAAUACUUGUAUGCUGGUAGGGUUAACAGAGGCUGUCCAAGGGGGACUCAUCCAUUCGCUCUGUGUUCUCCCCCCCCGCCUGGCUCAUAGGCAUUCCCGCAAGCGAUGGGAGCGCUUCGUCCACAGCGAGAAUCAGCAUUUGGUCAGCCCCGAGGCCCUGGAUUUCUUGGACAAGUUGCUGCGAUACGACCACCAAUCCCGUCUGACGGCGAGAGAAGCCAUGGAGCACCCUUACUUCUGUGAGUCUGGCCCUCCGUGGGCCCAGCUUUUCAGACUUUCAUUAUUUUUUUUUAAAUAAUAUUUAUUAAAGUUUCACAAGAAAAUGAUCACAUUAAUAAUAAUAAAAAGAAAAAAGAAAAAAAUUAACAAUAAAAAGAAAAAUACACAAUACAAAAUACAAAAAGAGAAAAGAAAAAACAGUUAAAAAUAAUUCCGUCUUUUCAUCACUUCUUUUACGUUUACUUGUUUCCCGGACCUCCUCAUACCUCCCUCUUUUGUAUUCCAAUUCAGUUUGUUAGUCCAGCAAUUUCUUUCCCUCCUUUUUAAUCCUGAUCUUUAAUCUUAAUAUAUUAUAACAUUAAAUUUUUACCUAUUAAAAACCAAUUUUUCCAUUCUUUUAACCAUUACUGCUAGAAACCGCUUAACUUCAAUCCGUCAUCAUUCUAACAUUCAUUAAUUUUACAAUAUUUCUGUAAGUAGUCUUUAAAUUUCUUCCAAUCUUCUUCCACCGACUCUUCUCCCUGGUCUCGGAUUCUGCCAGUCAUUUCCGCCAAUUCCAUAUAGUCCAUCAUUUUCAUCUGCCAUUCCUCCAGUGUGGGUAGAUCUUGUGUCUUCCAAUGCUUUGCAAUAAGUAUUCUUGCUGCUGUUGUAGCAUACAUAAAGAAAGUUCUGUCCUUCUUUAACACCGAUUGGUCGACUCAGCUUUUCAGACUUUCAAAGGUGCAACGGUCAGGGAGGAGGGAGAGGUACACCAGAAAGGGCAUUCUGAGCCUGUUUCUCCUUCCUAGAGAAGCCAUGUUGGCGGUGGCACACAAAAUAAUCUGUGAGCUGCAUAUGGCAAAGUCUCAUCGGAGCCGAGCUUGAUUUGGGGCGGUAAAAGGAGGUGGGGGAAAGUAAGCUGCCCGUUCCCUCCCAUCCCUGAGCUUCCGAAACAACCCAGCUGAAUCCUGCAGUUCUUGUGCAAAUAUUCCACAUUCAUGAAGAAUCUGCCUCUUGACUGUCAGGCAAUUUUGCAGCCGAAGAUGCUGCUUUGUGUCUCAAUAUUACAGGGUGAGUCUUUUAAAAGAGGCCCCAUGGAACGUGUGUAUUCUUUUAAAGGACUCGCCCUGUAUAUGUCCUGUUGUCACAAGGACUUGUGGGAAUAAAAGUGUUUGGGGAUUUUGCUUCCCCCUUUCCCAUCCCCGCCAGUGGGAAGCUCUCUUGGGUAUAGUGAAACCUGUUUAGAUCGUACCGGUCCCAAAUCACACUCCACAAUUGAUCUACCAGUGAGUUGCCAUCCUGAUGAGGGAUGUUUUUAAGAGGAGGCAGACAGUUUGCCUUGCCUUCUUCUCCUCCAUCCGGAUAACCUCCAGCUCAGGGAUGAGAUAUCUCUGCGCUGCAGCAGCCCUGGCUUUUCGCACCUACCAACAAAACCUGGGUUCUGCAACUUGUGUGAACUAUAGCUGUUAGGAAACGGAGAGUAAUUCAGCAGUUGUCAUGCCAAACCCAAACCACCAAGCUGCAUCUCCAGCAAUACUUGCCUUCCCAAUAUGCAAGGCUGCAUGUGUGACAUGGGAUUCUUGCCAGUCCUUCCCAUCCAUAUUCCAGCUUCUCUUCACAGCCUCCGUGGCUGGAGACUUUCCUGCUUAAAUAAAUGAAACCUGUGAUCACCAGCUGUAGGGCUGGGUGAUACCUGGUUUUCAACAUUGUGAUAUACCAGCAGCUUAAUACCACAGUGUGCUGAUAUAUCGUGAUGUAUGGAAUGUUUUUCAGCUGCUUCUUCCUCCCCACCGUCUGCGGGCAAUUUGGGCAGGGAAUACAUCAUGGCUUCCCGGCCACCGCAAUGCAUUUCCAGCUCAUAAUGUCUGAAACCGGUAUUGCCAUACUGGUUUCAGACAAUUUACCAAUAUAUCACCCAGAUCUAAUCAGUUGAAUGGCAUGCGAUAUGUGUGAUUCAGAAAUAACAGGAGUGCAUCCACCCCCUGUUCUAAUCAAGAUGCCUGGUUUGUUUGUGUUUUGCAGACCCCAUAGUGAAGGACCAGGCUCGGAUGAGCUCAACCAACAUGCCGGGCAGCAGCACCCCCGUCAGCAGCGCCAGUAUGUUGUCAGGUGGGUCCACAAUCGGCCACGCUCGUGUCUGCACGGGCUACUGGGCCUCUGCCGGGCAAGCCUCAUCCCACAGCCAGAGGUGGUACAGCCUGGGAAAUGCUUUAAACCCCACUGUUCCAGCUGUUUGCAUGAGUUUGGUUGAUUGAUUUGAGUUUAUGCUGCUUUCCCACAACAAACUGUGGCCAAAUCAGUUUCCAGAAAGCAUUCGAAACACAGAUACACAAAAGACAGAGCCCAAGUGUCAGUGCCAUUUUCCCCACUUGCUUUCAAAGUGCCAGGACUCCCAAAGGGGCUGGCCGGCACAUGGCUCGCUUAUCACUUGAUAGCUUAAAUGUCAGGUGGUGGUACAUGCGAAAGAACCAUCGCAGAUUGAUUUUUGAUUUUUUAAAGCAUUGCUUUGAUGCUUUCUAUGAGAUGCGGGUGGCGCUGUGGGUUAAACCACUGAGCCUUGGACUCUCUGAUCAGAAGGUCAGCGGUUCGAAUCCCCGCAACGGGGUGAGCUCCCGUUGCUCGGUCCCAGCUCCUGCCAACCUAGCAGAUUGAAAGCACUCCAAAAAAGUGCAAGUAGAUAAAUAGGUACCGCUCCGGUGGGAAGGUAAAUGGCGUUUCUGUGUGCUGCUCUGGUUCACCAGAAGCGGCUUAGUCAUGCUGGCCACAUCACCCGGAAGCUGUACGCCGGCUCCGUCGGCCAAUAAAGUGAGAUGAGCGCCUCAACCCCAGAGUCGUCCGCGACUGGACCUAAGGGUCAGGGGUCCCUUUACCUUGAUGCUUUCUCUGUGUGGCUGGCUUAUGUGUUCAGCAGUGAGUUAGCAAGCAUUUCUGCAGUGGCCCAAAGGUGCUGGGCUCUGACAGGGCCACUGGCCCCACACUCUGACGCGAAACUGCCCCCUCUGUGGCCCUAACACUCUUCUCCUUCCCAUCUAGGGCUUUCUUCAGUGCCAACGUCUUCACCCCUGGGACCUCUAGCGGGCUCGCCUGUGAUAGCUGCUGCCAACACCCUAGGUAUGCCAGUUCCAGCUGCCGCGGGAGCCCAGCAGUAGAGGAGGACACCCCGUCUCCCAGAUGCCUGACCGGAGCCGGGUUGGGGCCGAGGUCGUUCCUCCACCCCCUUCCCCAGGACAACAGCAGCCGCUUGUGGCCGGCGUUGUGGGGAGGGAGAAGGGAGGGGAUGGAAUGCUUUGGAGGAGUUAUGUCUGAACAGUUGCUUGUGGAUUUAUAGUAGUUCAGUCAUAAAAAAAAGAAAAAUAUAUAGGCCGAUUUUCCCCCUUUUUUUACUUGAACUUUUCGUAUCUCAGGGGGUUCCCUGACAAAAUCUGCAGAUGGAGUAUUUCGUGGACAAUUCUCCCCGCCCCCAACACUUUCCCUGUUCAUUUUAUUAUUUGUAAGAUCCAAGGCCAUACGCCUGUGUAUCUCGAGGGUCUCGGUUCUUGCCGGAAAGCUCUCCCUCUUUCCCCGUUCCUUCCUGCUGGCUGAUGCCGUGUCAGGGAUGGGGUGAGGGGUGAGACUUGCAAGGACCUUUCGCUUUCUCCCCCUUUUGGGAAUUCCUGCGUUGUGCUCCUCAAAAGGCAGCCGGGACGGACGAAGGUCUUUAAUCAGCGGUUGCGCCGUUUUUGCCUCUUUGCGAUUGACAGCUAGAGUGGGAGGAGUUUCCGCUACCAAAAAAUAAAUAUUCUAAGUUGCAGCAAAAGGUUUGUGGGACGGCAGCUUCCAUGUAGGAAGGGGGUCUUCUCCUGUUAGCCCCCGUGGCUCACCGGCAGCACCUCCCCCCUUGCACGUGUCCUCGUUCGGAAGUUUUCACGUUUCUGAUCCAAGUCAGAAGGAAGCUGCCUUGUCCCCUUGAAAGGAGUCUUGGCAUCUUCCCAUAAGUCGCUCUCUCUUCCCCGCUGCCCCCUGGCAAGAUCCAUCAAUGUCUUCUUGGUUUGGUAUUUUGGAAAUGCAUUUGUCAGUGGGUAUCUCUCUCUAAAAGCAACUCAAGCUUCUGGCUGGCUGGUUGGUUCCGCCCAAACUGGACCAUGCAAACUGACAGUGGGACAAUUCACCUACUCACCUUCCUCUCACGUGCCAUGUGGCGAGAGAUGCCGCUGAAUGCUGGGGUUUUGUUUUUUGCUUUUCGUUUUAUUUUUAACCUAACUCGUGGUCUUGUAAAUAGAAAGCGGAGGGGUGGGGGAGGUAUGAACAGCCUCGAGACUUUGACAGAGAAAGGAAAAGAAAGCAAAGAACAAGAUGGUAGACCUAUCAGAAACCCUAGCCGUGGAGAGCAUCUGCUUCCCCCUGUGAGCGUGUGUGUAUAUAACUCUUGUUCUUCCUAUGCUGAAAGAUCCAGUGUUGGAAUUCCUUGAUGUAAAUAAAACUGUUGGGGUUGUUUUUUUUUUUUUAAUUUAUCAAAAGGUUAGGUUUUACGUUUCCUGUGCAGAGGUUCUCCCUGAGCCAGCGCCACGCUUCUUAAAACUCAGCUUGCGGCCCUCCGAUCCACGAAGCGGGGGGCUUGGGGGGUAGGUGGGUGGGCAGGGUCAGGCCGCUUCUCCUUCACUGUCUAUUUUGCACCGUGCACAGAUUUGGUUCUAGUAGCAAACAGCGCUAAGAAGCCUUACCAGAAGCAUCUCACAAGCCAAAGCAUCGCCUGGACCCUCGGCAUACGUUUUUCCUUUUGCACCUCAGCAGCGCUGGAGUUUAGAGGGGUGGCUCUCUGCGUGCUACUGUUCAGCGCCUGAUUCAAACCACUGAUGGGGGAGACUUGGAGGCACAGCAGCCCCUCCCCGUUUCCUCCAGAGUUGCCUCCUCGUUUGACAACCACUUCAAGAGGCGGUUUGCCUCCGGGGGAGCACCGAUCACUUGAUUUUUCAAUAAUAUAUGCAACUUUUGGGGGUCGGAGUUAGGUAACCACGUAUUUCUUCCUGUUUUUAUUAACUUUGCUUUCCCCCCCAUUUUUGUUCUUCUGGGUUGUGACACUUUUGAGGGUGUGGUCGAAGCAUGAGUGAAUUGCAUAGCGAAGAACAUGAGACCCUGAGCUGCGUUCUCCGUUGCCUCCCCACCACCGCCUUGGAAAGUUAGUUCGGACUUAAAACUUCACGCAGCAGUAGCUUAUUGGAAACGCUGGUGGGAAAUUGUGGUGGUUCAUGGCCUCCUGCGGAUGUGGAAGCUAGGCCCAUGCUAGACAACCUCUUCUUGGCAACAGUCGGUGACUGAAAGAUUCAGCAUUCAGAAAUGUUGUGUCCAUCUUUGCACGGCAUGGAGAGACCUACAAAAAAACCUCUUCAAGCAGGCGAUAAUUUUCCCUCCUGUCACCUCCUUGGCAAAUGGGGCUAAAGGGUAUCCUAACGUCGCAGACCAGUUGAGCGGAGAGCCCACCCAGGGUGCAGAUUUCAGUAAGCAUCCAACCUUAAAUCAUGAGAAGGUGAGGGGAGAGCAGGAGGUUUCUGAUUCAGGGAGCGAUGCAAACAAAUUUCCUUCUCUGUGCUUAAUGCCAGUUUUGCUGCCCACCCAAGCAGCAGUCUUGAAAGGAGUGCGAGGAAACUGCAGAUUGUUAACAGCAUCUGUGUUGUAAAUUACCUCAUCUGUAUACCUUGUAUCAGAACACAUUUUUUAAAAGGAUUUCUCAGCACUUCCUGGUUUCACCGCGCGCGCCCCCUGCAUUGUGUUAGAUGGCAGGAAAAUCAAUUGCCAAUACAGAUAGUCUUGUUGGCAACUUAACUUUAAAAAAGGUUUUUUUAAAAAGAAGAAAAGAAAAAGUUUUUUUUUUAAUCUUGUUUGAAGUGAUCCUUUUUAUUUUUAUCUGUUGAAAUUUAGAUAAUUAUUAUUAUUAUUUUGUUGUUUUCCUUUUGAAUUUAUUGGUUGUAAUUGUAUUGUACUUGUUCAGAACUAACCCUUAACUGUGCUGGGAAGAAGUUGUGCCAUGGAGGUCUUUAAUUUUUUUAAAAUAAAAUAAUUGAAACUAAACUACACCCCAGCCCAGUAGUCGCUCCAUUUUAAAAGCAGGCGGUAGUGGGAAAUCCUCAGGGAUUUUGUGGUUUCCGCACGUGUGGUAGAGGGAAGUGAGGGGCAGGUGGAGCUCGUCCACCUGGGAACGAAGCCCAUCUAGGAGAAGGAACUCUCUGACCCUAAACCUCUGCAGCCUUGCAAGAUAUCCUCAGGAGAAGAAAAGGCUCGGGAGUAAACCUCACACAGAUCUGGAGUCGAGUCCCUAAGGUAGUUGGAUUGCACCUUGUAUGCUUCAUCCUGGCAACUCCUGCAGCCAAGCUGGUGCCAAACUCAUUGUCCUGCUUUUCUGUGGAUCCCAUCAGUGAGGCCGAGAGAGAGGUCUUGUCAUCUGGGCAUCCCAGGACCUCCAUGCAUACUGCCCAGGCUUGCACCCUGGGGAGGUCCCUUCGGUGCUGCAAACAUAGCCAAAACAAUGCAGGAGGAAGUUAUGAGUUACCGGUCUCUGCAGCCACAGCAGGCUCUGAUUCUCCAGUGGUUUGACUUAACCUCUGGAGGUGCCCUCCACUGGCUCUCGAGACAGGCUGAUGCCACACAAAAAGAAAGCUCUCGCAUCCAAGAUUUGCAGAGGUAUUGACCAGGCCAAGUCCCAGCCAAUUGGUUGUGUUCUUUCUGUGUCCUGCUAAUCAAAGAAUGGAAUGGCGAUGUUGUGCCUUCUUUCUUUGGACCAGGCUGGCCAGCAGAGGGUGAUGAAGCUCCAUCUGCUUUUUUUUUCUUUUGCUGUAACUUCGUAAAAUUUAUUUGGUGUCUCCCAGCUGUUUGUCUGGAGCUAUAAAGAGGCCUUUCUGGGUGCUCCUAUAUGACUAAUGUGACCCAAUCUGAGUGGUUUAUCAUCUUCACUUUUCCACCCUGUCCAUCUUCAAAAAGAGGAUGGGAUAGAAAUUAUUUUUUAAUUGUUCAGUCACUCCUGCCUUCCCUUCAUUUUAAUUUUGGUUGGAACCCUUCUGCUAUUUCAAAGAUACACCCAGUUAUCGCUUUCCAAACAUAAUAUGCUCUCAAUGAAUUGUUUGGCGAGUAUUUGCAUGAUGAGUUGACGAUUUCCAUUAAUUCCCGUGGGGAAAUCUCAAAUCUGUUCUUGACCACAGAAUUUUGACCUCCAAAUGACGGGGAAGAAACCAGGGAAACCCUCUGAAACCUUGCAAAUAUGGAAGGGGAAAAAAUGCUCUCUUACACGUCCGACCUCUCUCCACCAUAAUUUCAGGCAAAAUGACUGCCGCAGACCAGCAAAACAAAAAAUAAGGCAGCGUUGGCCGCAGACAUGGAUGGCUUUAAGAGAGAAUUGGGACAAAUUCACAGGGAAGAAAAGGGCUUUCAAUCGCUACUAGCCACCACAGGCUUUGCUCUGUUUCCUUCGUGCAGAGGCUUCUGAAUGCCAGUUGCUGGUGAUCUUGCCCUCGUUGGGGGGCUGCUGUGUGGUGGCCCCACCUGGGACUGCCCACCCACCUUCCUCUCUGCUCAGUAGCCCCAGGAGGAGCAGCAGACAGAAAAGGGGGAUUUUGCGCUCCCUCCUUGAGUCUUUUUGUCUGGCUGGGCAAUGGGUGGAGGAUAGAGAGGAUUGCACAAGCCUUUGUAGGAUUGAGGCUACUGCACCCAAAGGGAAAUGUUGCUUUGGUUACCCUGCCCAUUUUUGCCUCUGGCCCUGCCCACCAAUGACCAUGAGGCCCCCGAAAGCUUGCCCAGGAGGCAGUUUGGCCCUCGGCCUGAAUAAGGCCCCUGGACUUAAAAGAUGCGCAGAAUUGGCCAGAACUUUACCAUUUUAUGUUGCAAACUGCCCUGUGGUGAAGUAUAAAUUAUAUAUAUCUAUAGGGAUAUAGAUAUAUAUAAUAAAUGUAAUAAGCUGAUACAUUAAUUUAUCAAACAAUUUUAAUAAAUUGUAUAUACUUGGACUGAAAUGAGACUUUAGCAGCCACGUGGGCCAUGUGUGGAGAACCUUAAGCCCCUCAGAUGUUGUUGGACUACACUUCCCAUCAUCCCUUGCCAUUAGUCUUCCUUGCUGGGGCUGAUGGGAAUUGAAGUCCGGCAUCGACGUGCGGGGCCAAAGGUCCCCGGAGCCCCCGCCCCUUGGCUGCGUUGCCUAGCGCCAAGCUCCGCCCCCUCCCUCUAACGUCCGCUUCCGGUUGAUCGGGGCGCAGGUCGAAGACAAGAAAGGCUCGAGCCCUAGAGAUAGAAAAAGGGAAGAGCUGCGCGCGCAGCUUCGCUCUGUAAGCCUGCGGAGAGGCGAUUUCUGAGGUAACCGAGGCCAGGAAAACGGGGGAGAGACCUGGAGGUAGGGAAGAGAGGGAGCUCGGCCCUUAUUCUGAAUUUCUAUCUUGGGGAGGGGCAGCGGGGUGAGCAGAAAGGGAAAAACGCCCUCCACAAAGAUGGCGCCAGCGGUUUCCUCCCCGCGAGCCAAUGGCAGUCGAGGGCCAGCGGGAGCGCUCCCCCGUCGCAGGGGAAGUGACGCGCCAGCCCGCGCGACUUCCCUUUCCUGUUCCUCCUUUUGCCCUUAGGCGCACGUGUGCGAAGCGGGGAAAGGAAUGAGGGGCCGCCGGGAAAGACGGAAAGAGGUUAGUCCGGGUUCCCGGAUCUUGGGGAGGUUGAUUUCAAUUUAUUGGCUUUAAUUUAUUUCGUAUAAACUGAAGGGCCGGGAAAGGCCGCAGGGAAAAUCAUCUGGGCGGGAUUGGGGCCGCCCCGCUUUGUCCUUGGCGCGGGGCCACCUCGCCAGACCACCCCCCCCGACCCCUUCUUUUGCCUUGCUGCAACGGGGCCACCGGGAGGAGGACUUAGAAACCUCUUUCAGGAUUUCUGUGUAAAGCACCACCAAAAUCCCUUUCGGGGGCCUAAUCCAGCCUUCCGGUUUAAUCUGGCCCUGUGGCACUCUGUCUCCUGCGGUAAAACCCUAAAAAAAGCUCAACAACUUCAAUCCUAAAAAAACUUCAGCAACAGGCAUAGGCAGACUCGGCCCUCUUGGUGUUUUUUGGGACUACAACUCCCAUCAUCCCUAGCUCUCAGAACCAGUGGUCAGGGAUGAUGGAAGUUGUAGUCUCAAAAACAUCGAGGAGGCAUACACAAACUCGGCCCUCCUGAUGUUUUGGGGAUUACAACUCCCAUCAUCCCUAGCUAACAGGACUAGUGGUCAGGGGUGAUGGGAGUUGUAGUCACCCAAAACACCUGGAGGGCCAAGUUUGCCUAUGCCUGCUCAACAACUUCAAUCCUAAAAAAAGUCCAACAAUUUUGGGGUAAAAUAAUAGUUAUAAUGAAAGAUCAACAACAGGCAUAGGCAAACUCAGCCCUCCUGAUGUUUUGGGACUACAACUCCCAUCAUCCCUAGCUUUCAGAACCAGUGGUCAGGGAUGAUGGGAAUUGUAGUCACCCAAAAACACCUGGAGGGCCAAGUUUGCCUAUGCCUGCUCAAAACUUUAAUCCUAAAUAAAGUUUAACAACUUUGGGGUAAAAUAAUAAUAAAAGAAGAUCAACAAGCUCAAUCCAAAAAAAAUGUCAACAUCUGCAUGCUCACUUCAUCAAAUCCAGCCCUCUUUGAAAAAAGUUUGGGCACCCCUGGUGUAAAGGAUCAGAUGUGAGUGGGAGAGCUGCUUCCUGGUGCCCCGUGGCCCCUGCAAAGGACGUCGGCUUGUGAAUCAUGGAAUAGUAGAGUUGGAAGGGUCUUUGAGGGUCAUCUAGUCCAGUGUUUUUCAACCUUUUUUGGGCAAAGGCACACUUGUUUCAUGAAAAAAAUCACGAGGCACACCACCAUUAGAAAAUGUUAAAAAAUUUAACUCUGUGCCUAUAUUGACUAUAUAUAAAGUAAUUCUCUUGAAUAGGAAUCAAAUAAACACAAACACUUAACAUCAGUGGUGGGAUUCAAAAAUUUUAGUAACCAGUUCCGACAUUCAAGCAUGGUUUAAUAUUUUUUUCUUUAAUGGCAAACAAAAACGUUGCGGACCGUUCUCUGCUCAGCAGGGAUCGAUCCGCUGAUCCCCGCUGAGCCAGCGGAUGACAGCUCCGUCUCCGCACUGUGUGCGGAGAGGGAGAUGUCAGAGCCCCGCUGCUCUCUAUGGGGAAUCGGUCCGCUCUCAUCCGAUUUAAUCCCCACACAGGACAGAUGGAAAAUAGGGUGGACACAGUCCGGCGCCCGCCUAGUGGGCGAAAAUUUGACAUUUUUUAAAAAAAAAUCUUUCGAAUUUUUCAAUUUUCCCCACGGCACACCAGGCAACAUCUCGCGGCACACUAGUGUGCCACGGAACACUGGUUGAAAAACACUGAUCUAGUCCAACCGCCUGCCAUGCAGGAAACUCCACUAAAGCAUCCAUGAAAGAAGGCCAUCCAACCUCUGCUUUAAAAUCUCCAAGAAAGGAGAGCCCACCACCUCUUGUGGGAGACUGUUCCACUGUCCAACAGCUCUUAAUGGCAGAAAGUUCUUCCGUUUGUUUGGUCAAAAUCUCCUUUCUUGUAACUUGAAGCAGUUCAUUACAACAAUCGAUUCGGCUCCUGCCUCUCUCCUCCUCUCCACCAGGGACCUUGGUGCAGCCUCCAGCGCUAAAGUUGGGAUGGUGCAGGAUAAAAGCUAUUUAUUUCACAUGUUUUUAUUACAUUUGACUAGUUACUUUUAUCUUGCCCAGGGCAAACCAGUGACUUAAAAACAAACAGAAAGGUGUUAAUUACCUUACAAACACAGUUCUGUUGUGCAAUGAGGUUAAUAUGCUUCUUCUUAUAUUAUUUGUGUAAUUUCACACAUGCAACUUAAUUCUCUCUAUCACAGAACUGGGAAUAAGGUAUAUUUCUUUGGCAUAAACGUUUUUAAAGAAAUAAAAGGGUUUCCUGUUAGUAACCUCAGCUAUCUUUCUAAGCACCGUGGUAAUCCUCUGUAUAGAUGUUUAAAAACUAAACUGUCUUCAUCUUUCUCAGGCUUGGAGUGCACAAUGA